GCAGCACCCAAUAAUGGUGUGCUAAAGUUUAUGUUUGUUUUAGCUUAACACCCCAUUACGAGUAGGAUAAUAAAAGUCCGUCUUUACAUUUGUAUAUGAAGCACACACAUGAAUGCUAAGAAUUUGAUACAUUUACGUUUCGUACAAUAUGUGUGUACGGCAUCGCAUUACAACGGUACAUGAUAAAUGCAAUGGAUGUGUGGGGUGUCUGUUGUUUACCUUGCAGGUUGAACGAAAAUAUUUUUGCAAGUCAUCUGCUUUAGGGUAUCCGCAAACAUCCGCCUAUAGAGUGUAGAUAUGUUUGAUUGCAUGAAUAACUGCAUGAAUAUCUGUUACAUUUUCAUUAUUUACAUAUAAAGGAAAUCGUGUAAAAAUGUUCAUGACAUAUAUUAAACUUUUCCCUCUCAUUUUGAAACAUUGUUAGAUUCGUUCAUUUUUAUUUUCUUUUCUUCUAUUCUACGACAAAAGAAAAUCAUGUAAAUCUCAACGAGACGACUGCGGUAAAAAAAUAAUAUCAUAAAGUUUUUUUUUAAUCUAAACUUUGCGCGCGUAUUAAAUUUACGUUCAUUGCGAAAUAUAUGUGCGCCUAGAGAAAAGAAAAGGAGAAUAUCAACGAAUUUUAUUUUAGUGAAAUAAUAUAUAAUAAUAGCAAUAAUAAUAAUAAAUAUAAUGUGGUCACCGGAAUCAGAAAUUAAUUCAAUUGCCAUGGCCACGACAAUGCGCCAUUCACAGUCAUCGUCAUCGGGCAUUUCAUCGUUGUCGAGUUGCGGUGAUCCGGAACGCCUGCCAGAACUGCCGCCCGGUGAUGAACAACGUUUACAGCGAGCCGCCCUACAUUUGCAACAGAAACUUAUUUUACGUGAAUGGUUGCGUGAUCAUCGUUUACAACAUCAUUACAAUCGCUUAUUAGCCGUUGAAGUAGCUUCGUUGGAAGACGUGUAUUGGCUGGAAGAUUCCCGUGCUAGUAAAAUUUUGGGAAAAGAUUGGCAAAUAUGGUCACAAGCCCGACAAAAUCUUCCUACAUCCAAAGCUCAGCUGGAUGCUUUAAAAGCAGAGUUAUGGUCUACUGUCGUCAAAUCCAGUCAACAUCAAGACGCAUGGACUUGGGGUGGCAUGUUAGUUGUGUCAGUAUCUGUAGCCGGUCUCGUUACCUUAGCAGCCAUGACUCAGCCCUCACUAGCUCCUGAAGCUCGACAUUCACUUUUGCAAUAUGUUACUGGAAAAUAUUUACUGCCAGCCAAUUGCAAAGUGCAAUGGGACUGGAAAGAUCCGGCCGUGGUCGGUGGUGCCAUGUGUUUUGUAGUACGCUUUUAUCAGCGAAACGGCCAGCCUUAUCCCAUCUGUGAUACAGAUCAAUUUUUCGUAGAAGUUACCGAAGGAACACGUAAAAUGGUAACCAUUAGUGAAUUGGGUUCUUCGACCGAUCCCAACAAUGCAAAUAUAGCUAAAGUCAAAUUUACCGUACGUACAGCAGGACAGUAUAAAAUUUCAGUAAUGAUUGGUUCAAGUCAUAUAGCGGGUUCGCCGUUUAUAAAAACCUUUAUACCGGGACCGAUAGACGCCCGACGUUCUAGAUUUAUUAGACCGGCAAGUACGGUUAUAUGUUGCGCUGGCGCUCCUACGCUAAUGCAUAUAGAACCGCGUGAUGAAUUCGGUAAUGCUUGCCAAUUCGAUCAAGAUAUAGAUCCGGUUAAGGGUUAUCAUGUCGAAAUUUACGACUUAAACGGUCAACCGCUAGAGAAGCUACAUCAUGCAAUUUCGUUUGCAUAUGAUCGAGUUAAUGCUCGGGUUUCCGUUACCGCUUUAUUUCCGGAACCUCUUUGCUUACGUGCCGUCAUAAGUUAUCUAGAUCAAAAGUUACCUAACGGUGAUUUCGAUAUAAUAGUUUUAAGCAGUAGUGACACCACAUUGGUGCAUAAGAAUAUCGCUUCGCGGAAACACAAUAUUUGUUAUGAAGCCAAAUUAUUAAGUAUCUUUGGGGCACCAAAAUCAAAGCCUCGCAAGGUCCUUUGCUAUGUGGGGCCUAAACAAGUGAGUUCUUAUGGUUUUGCAUGCAAACAAUCAAGAUGUUCCCCCAAACAGCCACAGAACUCUGUGAAUUUUCAGGUUACUAUCAAGGAAAUGAUUUUGAAAUUUAUACCUAAACGUAUUGCCACUUUUCGUUUAUGUCCAUCGACAAAAUUUCACUUUCUACCGCAACGUCCUACGCACGUUCACGGGCCAAUUUUCAUUAUCGAUGAUGGAGCUCAACCGAAAAUUGAAUUGGCCUCCCGCGAUCGUAAUAUUAUAGCGGCUACUUUUACCCAUUUUCUAUUAAAAAAUAUUGGCGGAUCCGAAACGUUUAAAGACAAGCAGGAUUUCUUUUAUCACGAAGUGCGAAAGUUCCAUGCAAAUUACUAUCACGAGAAGCUAUCGCUGAAAGUGCAACGCGAGCGAAUUUUAGAGAGUAGUAUGAAGGCAACAAAGAAUUUUUCAGUUAGUGAUUGGUGCGGUAACUUCGAAGUGACCUUUCAAGGUGAACAAGGUAUUGAUUGGGGUGGUUUACGUCGUGAAUGGUUCGAACUAAUUUGUAGUGCAUUAUUCGAUCCGCGUAGCGGUCUAUUUUGUAGCUUCCACGACAAACACCAAGCUUUAGUGCAUCCAAAUCCUCACAGACCGGCCCACCUAAAAUUGAAACACUUUGAAUUUGCCGGUAAAAUUGUGGGCAAAUGUUUAUAUGAAAGCGCGUUAGGCGGCACCUAUCGGCAACUGGUACGCGCACGUUUUACACGUUCAUUUCUAGCACAACUUAUUGGUCUACGAGUACAUUAUAAAUAUUUCGAACAAGACGAUCCCGACUUAUAUUUGUCGAAAAUCAAAUAUAUAUUAGACACAGAUCUUGAUAAUACUGAUUCUUUGGAAUUGUAUUUUGUUGAAGAGAUUUAUGAUGCCAGCGGCCAAUUAAGCAAAACUAUCGAACUCAUACCAAAUGGUUCGAAAACGCGUGUGACAAAUGCUACCAAAAAUCAAUAUUUGGAUGCUUUAGCACAACAACGUCUCUGCAAUAGUGUCAAAGAUGAGGUCGAUAGUUUUUUAAAAGGCCUUAACGGUAUUAUACCGGAUAAUCUCUUAAGUAUAUUCGAUGAAAACGAAUUAGAGUUACUAAUGUGCGGCACGGGUGAAUAUUCGAUAGCGGAUUUCAAAGCUCAUCAUAUAGCAAAUGGUAAUUCAGCUGAGUUUCGCAGGGUCUUGGCUUGGUUUUGGGCUGGCGUUAGCAAUUUCUCGCAAACCGAAAUGGCGCGUUUAUUACAAUUCACUACGGGAUGUUCACAACUGCCACCAGGAGGUUUUCAAGAAUUGAAUCCACAAUUUCAAAUAACUGCUGCACCUACAUUUGGAAAUUUGCCAACAGCUCAUACGUGUUUUAAUCAGUUAUGUCUACCGGAUUAUGAAUGCUAUGAACAAUUCGAAAAAGCAUUGUUACUAGCGAUCAGCGAGGGAACUGAAGGUUUUGGUAUGGUGUAAGACGAUACGCUGAUUAUCACGAAUAUUUUGUGUUCCUUUCAUGCGCGGGGAGUUACUAGCGUCAAAUAAAGAUUUAAUUUUUAGAUUUAAUGGACAAAAAAAAAAAAAAACCAAAAACAAAGCAAGUUUUAAAACAAGUAGUUCAUGAAUUAAAUUUUAGAAAGUAUAUAACCAGCGAAGACGCUUUAAUGCUGUAAGAAAACGCUUCAAAUGGAAAUAAAAAACAAAAAAAGCAAUAAAUGUAUUAAUAAGAAAAUUCGAAAUGUAGUCGUUAAAUAUUAUACGAUGUUCAAUGCAGCAAUAAUUGUGAUAAUCGUAGUGAAAAUCAAUUUGAAGAACAAAUUUUUUUAUUUAUUUACUUAUUUUGUAAUUUUUCUUUUUUUUCUUCUUUUUUUUCUUAUAUUUAUUUUUCAAACUUAACGAGCACAAAUUAUCUCGAUUGUGUUUAAAAGACUUCUUAACAUUUCUCUAAGGUAGAAAAUAUAUUUUAUAAUUUUAAAUUUAGUUAAGCGGAUUAUGCGUAUAUUGUGCAGACUGUGGCCGGCAUAAAGUAACAAAUAUUAUUAUUAAAAAUAAAAGCCGCAUUUAUGCUAUUUAUUUAUAAGAAACAAACCUAUUUAAAUGGCUUUUAGAAGCUCCUCUUGAGGAUAGCACUGAAAUAAUUCAAUUUGUUUUCUAUUAAUUUCUUAAUUUAAUUAAUACCUUUCGCAGGUUUUUGGCUAAAAAUACGACAAUUUAAAGAGUUAGUUCCAAAUUUUCUUCCCAACAAUACGUUUACCGUGGUGCAAUGCAAAUAUACUUCGCGUAGAGGAAUCACGCAGGGUGCCCACUUCUCUUCCGUUUGCGAAUUUCUCUUCAAUUCGGUUACAUGAAAUUUUUGCAAUUUGUCUCAAACACAUUAUGCGAGACCAUACUGAUAGCGGGCUUCUUCAAGUCUUCAAGCUGUUAGCGCUACAACCAGAUAAUAUUGCUGGUUAGCGAAGUCUUGAAACCAAAAUUACGUUUAUGUGAUGAAUUCAAAAAAUUUUACGUUAUUAAGACACGCGGAAAGAUCUUUAUCGGUCCACUACUACUCCAUCUACGUCUUUCUUGACAAUAGGCCACAAAUUAAUCACAAGACUAUCUAGGAUAAUAUCGCGCUUUUCUUAUAAAGUCUGUGUAAUCCUAAACAAAUUCUCAGAAAAUAUUCCUUGCGUGUUAGUUUGACGCGAGUUUGUUUCGAGAAUAUGCCGCUUCGAGAUUCACUUGAAUAUUAAAGAAUCCGCAAAAACCAUUUCCCUUCAUUUCAUUUUCGCCACCAAAGGCAGGCUCACAUACGGCUUGGCGUACUAUUCGGCAACAAAGCCAAUGUACAAUAUUUGUGGUCAUUAUAAUCCUAACCCUUCUGCACUUUUCAAACUGUUGGGAUUGUUAUGAUUGCAGAAAUUCGUAUAGGAAAAGCUAAAAUCUGUCAUAUGAACUUUUACUAUGUCGCGUGAACUCCUUGCACUAAAAAUGAAGAAAAAGCUACACCAUAAAUAAUAAUGAACAAUACUUUUGAUUCGCAAGCACUGCUAACUGAAAGCUUUCAAUUUAAUGUAAUUGCUCGGACGUUUUCACUUCAAAGCGAAUAUAAAUUUUUUCAAGUGUGAAAGCUAAAUAAAUAAAUAAACAAUUUCGAGCAGUGUAACUGGACCAAUUAAACUUCUUUUUUUUAAUAUUUUUACUAUAUUUCUGAUUGUUAGGUACAUUAAAGAAAGUCGGUCGGCACUUUAACUUUUUAUAACACUACUUUAUUUUUAUCGUAAGCGUAUAUUAAAUUUAUGCGGAUGUAUGCAAUACCCA